UAAACAAUUAAUUUGUUCAGUGUGAAUAAGAAUAAUAAGAAGACAUUAUUGCUUAUAUUUUCAACGACAGAAAAAUAGAUGAAAUUUUUUUCGUCAAGUACCUACGUAUGAUAUAGGUAUACGAAAAACAUAGGUACGAGUAUUACAUAGCUGAUCAAAUAUUUUAAGGUAUACAGUACCUACUAAAUAUAUUAUUGCGCAUAAUACGCAUAAUAGUUAUGGUAGGUACCAAGCUAACCAUCGCUAUAGCCUAUAACCAAGCAAUGAAGCGAAGCCGUGAUGAGAAAUGCAGAAUUAAUGAAAUAGGAAUGCGGGUUCAUAAUAAUAUAGAUGCAUGACGAGUAUCGAAGAACGAUUUCCAUUCAGAGUUCUGGCAAUCAUACCAUGGCGUUCGAAAAACAAAUUGCAUCUGAUGCGAUAAUUAUAUAAUUAAUUUCAACUGAUCGUGAAAAUAUGUGGCUUCCGAUUUUCACGACGCUCUUGGCCGUUUUAGCGAUUGCUUCAAUAGUAUUAAGCAUUAAAGGCAGAAACAGGAGAAUGUUAGCUAACCGAAUACCAGGCCCAGAAGGAUCAUUUAUAGUAGGCAUGUUACCGUUGGCCAUACAAGGAGCUGAACAAAAAAUCAAAAGCGCACAAGACUUAUACCGAAUAUACGAAAAAUCAAUGUUUAAAGCUUGGUUGUUCAAUAAAUUAUACAUUAUUCUUACUCGGCCCGAAGAUAUUGAAUUUAUUCUUGCCAGUCCUAAAUUUCUAAGAAAAUCUAAGGAGUAUAUGGUUUUGCAACAAUCCAUCAUGGGACAAGGGAUAUUUACGAUCGAAGACAUAAAUAAAUGGAAAAUUAACAGAAAAUUGGUGACUAAAGGUUUCAGUUUUAAACUUUUAAAAGAAUUUAUACCGAUAUUUUACGAAGAAGCACUAGUUCUUGCCGAAAUACUCGGGGACAAUAGCGACUCGACAUCAAAAGAAUGUGACAUCAGCGUUCCUGUCAGUAUGGCUACGAUGGAAAUGAUCGGGAAAACCGCUUUGGGGGUCACGUUUAACGCUCAAAAGGGCGGCUGUAAUCGAUUUGUCGAAAAUUUACUAACAGCGAUGCACGCUUGGGAAUAUAGGAUUACCCAUCCGUGGUACUUGAGCAGUACGCUAUUCCAGUUUUCGUCGAUUAAACAAAAACACGAUCGUAGUCAAAAAAUCAUCAACGAGUUCACCGACGAAAUAAUCAAAACGAAAAUCGUCGAGUUAAACAAUUCAGGAAGCGAGAACGGUGUGAAUGCAGACGACGACGACAUUGGACAAAAUACGAAAACGCUCACAAAAAUUUUCCUAGAAAACUCCCAUGAAAAUAUGACUCUUGAGCAGAUACGAGACGAACUUGUAACAGUCAUGAUUGGAGGACAAGAAACAACUGCUAUGGCGAAUGCUUGUGUUGUUUUCAUGUUGGCUCAUCAUCAAGACGUACAAGACAAGGUGUUCAAGGAGCAGGAAUCAAUAUUUUCGAUCGGAGAUCGUAACAGACCGGUCACAUACAACGAUUUGCUUCAGAUGGAGUACCUGGAACGGGUGAUCAAAGAAACGCUUCGACUUUUCCCUCCACUUCCAGUGUUUGGUAGAGAUCUAAAUGAAGACACGACAAUCGGAGAUUACCUAUGCCCCGCUGGUUCCACGCUGAUCAUCUGCCCGUUGUUCCUGCAUUCGAGUCCGCAGCACUACGGCAGCACAGCUCGCGGACCGGAUGCGUUCGAUCCGGACAACUUCUUGCCGGAAGCCUGUCACGGGCGGCAUCCGUAUGCGUACAUCCCGUUCAGCUCCGGACCCCGGAAUUGCAUCGGUAUCAAGUACGCGAUGCUCCAGAUGAAGACGGUCGCAUCCACGCUGAUCCGCCACCACAGGUUCCUGCCGUCUGACAGGUGCCCAACGCCGGACCGACUGCGUCUCAUGUUCUUGACGACGCUCAAGCUGGCCGACGGCUGUUAUGUCAAAGUUGAGCCGCGGGGACCGGAGUGAUCAGCUGCUGGGGGUGUGUGCCACAUUUUAUACCAACGUGUAUACCGAGCUGGUCAAAAACAUACAGUAUAUUAUUGUUAUUAUUAUUGUUAAACCGAGUUCUCAGCUACGACGUUAUUGCCGUGUCGUGUGGCUUUCAUCGUGUUCUGAUGCGUCGUUAUAACCAUGGUAUCAUACACUAAUUAUGAUCUACCGAGGAAGUCGAUCCGAGAUCAACUUUUGUACACUACUACAUGACAGACAACGUAGCUGUGAACCUGGCUUUACUAUUAUUGUUAUUAUUAUUAUUAUUAUUAUAAUUAUUAUUGUUAUCAUAUUAUAUUUUUUUCCUAUAAAUCACCUAUAAUCUUGUAUAAGUGUAGAGAUAUAGCUUAUUGUAAAAUAUUUUUAUCGUAUGAUUGUAUUUAUUUAUUUAAAUUUUAUUUUAUUUCAAAUAAUAAUAGAAAUUCUAAAACGCAAAUUCGACUGAGUCCAGAUAAAAUAAUCUCUGAGCUAUCAUCACCAAUUUUUAUUACUAGUCAUAUUGAAGGUAACUAAUAAAUGUUAAUCUUCUUUCUUUUCCAAUUAAUUAUAUUUAUUUGUUACUUAGUCAUUGAUACGCCUAAUCGUAAAAAACAAAAAUCUUAUGUUGGUGAAAAACCUGACCUAUCCACCCCAAUGAGAAAGCUAAAAGACAUUUCAACAAAGCUAAACUUCAGAUCGUUCAAAGAAAAAAAAUUAAAGUUCUAAACGAAACUGUUAGACGUCAGGAAAAAAAAUUGUCAUCUUUAAAAACAUUUUUCAGGCAUUCUAAAUUAAAAAACCUUCUCACUGAAGCAGCUCAUGAUUCCAUAUUAGUAUUAAUUCAUUAUUAAGAUUGUUAUGUGUAUAUUUUUGUCAUGCUUUAAGUGUCUGAAGGUUUAUUUGUUCGUUUAAAUACAUUUUUAUUAUGUUAC